AUGGCCGAUAACAACAACCAGCAGCCCGGUCUUAUCGGCAGCCACGUCCAAUACGUCAAGGGUGCUGCAGAGGCCACCAUUGGUGUCCUCACUGGCUCUGAGCCCUGGAAGGCUUCAGGCGAGCAGGACAAGGCCGCGGGUCUUGCCGACAUGAAGAAGGCUGGUGAACUUCGAGCGCAAAACGACCCCAACAGCCAGAAAGGAUAUGGAAAGGCCGAGGAGCUUGCUGGCAAGCUCACUGGUUGUCAGGGUAUGGAGCGCGAGGGUCAUGCCAGCACUGCCCAGAAGAAGGAUUAA